AUGGCGGUGGGAACGCGACGGGAGCGCGAUGCGUCGCGAAUGUCGCGCGCGCACGACGCGGAUGACGCCGCGGACGCGCGACCGUGGCGAUGGCGGCGAUGCGGGACGUUUCACGCGUCCGAGGGAGGGAUUUGGGGGACGAGCGGGACGACGACGGCGCGCGCGGCGACGCGAUGGGAAAACGCGCCGCUGGAGGGGUUCGGUUUGCGCUUCGCGAGCGAUGCGGAGGAGGAGACGACGACGCGCGCGCGAGCGUUGGAGGCGUGCGCGAGAGAAACGCUCGGAGAGGGCGGGUUGACGAAUGAGAUGUUGGAGGAGACGGCGCGCGCGACGACGACGCCGAGCGCGGCGAGCGACGACGCGGCGACGAUUUCGAACAUCGAGACGCGGUUGGCGUCGACGCGCGCGAUGUUGAGGGGAUUGGGCGUCGAUGAAGCGAAAACGAAAGCGGUGAUGGCGCGGGCGAUGGACGCGUGGGGAGGGGAGAUUCGAGAACGCGAACGAAUCGUCGACGCGCUGGAGACGCGCUUGCUCGAGGGAGACGAGGACGAGGAGGCGUUGAAUUACAUCUUGCGUCGUGCGGUGGCGCGGUUGAGGGUUUUGAAGACGAGUGGAGCUCGUUCGAGGGUCGGCUUGCGGGCGUGUGUGGCGAGCGCGACGGCGUCCGUCGCCGCGGCGUCCACCACCGCGGCCGUCGCGGCAAAGUCUACGCCCAUCGCGAAGAAAGGCCGCGGUGGAAUGUUCUCUUGCUGCGGCGCAGAUUCGACGGCGAUCGAUGACGACGCUCAAGAGCUCGCGUACGCGCCUUCGGAAAGUGCAGCCGUUGAAUGCGAACCGCUUACUUGCGUCGUACGUCUUUCACGCGUUGGGGAAGAAACGGCGAGCGCAUACUCGUCGACAUCUCGCGCAUACUCGUCGACAUCUCGCGCAUCUUCGCGAGAAGGAGGCGUUUUGUUCAACGCCACGACUCCGUUAUUGACCGUUUCCGAAGAUGACACGAUUGAGUUCAACUUUUACGCGGGCGACGCGCACGAAUCCGUCGACGAGAGUGCAGUCGAUGCGAAUGAUAGGAUGCGCGCCAACGCCGUCAUGUCGCCGCACGUCGGGGAAACAAGUGGCAAGAUUAGAGGAAGCGCCACCAUUUGUGUCGCAGAUUUAGCAGAGACGACGAGAAAAGACGAACCGCACGUGCUCACGAUUUUCAUCGAGCGGCCGAAGAGUGGAGGGUCACCGGGUCAGGUCUACGGUAAAGCAAUCGUACGCAUUGACAAGUUCGUCGAAUCGUUUGACGACGGAACGACGCAGAUCGCGACGGCGAAGGGCGACGUUCUGAAAGAUGCCGCCGUGCUUUUCGCGGCGCUCGACAAGUCGAGUGUGCCAAAUGUAAAACAGCUUGUGCGCAGCUUCGUGGAUCAGCGCGGCGCAUGCCCGUCCAUUGCUGCACUGGCCGAAAUGAUUACGCUUUGCAUUGAUUGGCGACUCGAACGCCCGCAACUUGAUAGAUUACGCCACUGCACAAUGGAAGUGUUCGCGGCAAUUGCGGUGAAUCGAAUUACGGCGAGUGAGAAGCAGCGGUUUGACGAACUUUCCGCGCUCAUGUCGAAACAACUAGAAACAGAGCUGUGCAAUAUUUUGCCGACGGCAAAAGUCGCCGAGCAAGAACUCGUCGAUGUGCUUGACAUGGAGUAUUCUGCCAGUAUCGCCCGCGCGAUCAUUCCAUUAUUUGCUUUGACCCUUGGGAGCAUUUCAGCCACUCGGCUCGUGUUGCGGUUGAAAAAGGUCGUUCGCGAGGCCAUGCGUAAACGUUGUGUCGAGCACAUGGUGAGGGAAAAUCCGACAAAGGGCCCUCCCACGGUUGCGUGCGUGACGUCUAUGAUAUGCAAACUCACCAAACGUUUGCCGCUCGACGCUGCGAUUUUAUCGCAGUUUCCGUCCGAAGUAGAAGCUCUUUCGGAGGCUGCGUCGGCGUCGAGUGCUUUCAUCGCAAACAUUAUUACUGAAGUAUUUCAGGCGAUCGCGAGCAUGCGUAGCCCGCCUGAUUACGACUCCGGGAUGAUGGCACUAGACGAUGCGCUGUGCGCGCACAGGAGGGCAUUAAAGCGAUAUGAUUUGGUGCUUGCUAUGCAGCCGAUUUCGUCCCGGUUCAUCGAUCGGCUCCUUCAGCCGGCUUUGGAUGAAACGCUAGGCACAGUACACCAUGCGCUGGUUGCGUGGGUCAAGCAAGAAAUUGAUGGCGAAAGAACAAAUUUAGAGCCCGUGGACGUCGAAAGAGGAGCGAUGCACAGUAUGUCGUGCGUCAAUCUUUUUUGUGUACUCUACAACAUCGAUAGAGCAGCGCAAGAUCACAUUCUUCACGGCGAAAGAGCGGCGUUCAACGCUACAUCGUUGAGUCAAAUGUGCUAUGAAGUGUUUAAGACGUACGUCAAUAUUUAUGAAAGAGCGUGCUUGGAGGCGAUCCAGAACGCGCGCUUGCAUUUGAUGCAAGACUCAAAGGGGCAGAAUACGAAGACGGCGAAUGUUUCGGACGUAAAGUCUCUGAUGGUUGGUAACUUUUACACGCGUCUAAGUAAUAUUCAUCAGUGCAUCCUCGCGAUCGAACCGUUCAUGGAAGAGAUGCCGUUACUGUGGUGUUCGUCAAAGUCGGAGUUCGACGAGACACUCAAGCGUCAAGCGAGCUCGGAGUAUGGUAUCGAUGACGAUCAAGUGAUAUUGUUUGAGGACGAUGAAGUCCAUGUCUUCGACGAGAAAAGAAUGCUGGAUACUGAUUUCUUCGCGAACAGAAUUGUACAGAAACUUCGCACCGUUCGCGCAAACGUCAUUGCGUCAUUAACGGAGUUGAUCGAAGAACGGAUUGCACCGUUUAUUCGUGUCGCUAUUCUUGACAAGGAAGAAAAGACACGUUCUGCGGCGGUACGCAUAGUCUUCAUGAUGAUUGACUCGGAGCUCAAGCUUAUGAACGAGAGGCUUGCGCCAGGGGCGUUUCGACUGGCGUUGUCUUCGAUGCACAAAGGGGUGUGUGAUGCGAUCGAACAACUCAUCCUACACAGACCGAUAGAGGAGGGAGCGCUAGAAGCCAGUGAGCGUUGGAGAGGAUUACCAACGCUCACAGAAAUGCAACAUUCCUUAGUCGUCGAGCUCAUGGCAGAUGUCAGAGAAUUCUUCCACUGCGACGGUGCCGGCGAGCCUGAGUCAAUUCUCAAGGAUGGCGAAGGCAGACUGCGCCGUUUGUUGAAUUUAUGGUUUACGCCCACGAUCGAGAUUAUGCGAGAAUUCUGGCAGUUGAAAGAAGUAUUGUCCCGAUCGAUCGUUUCGGCGCAUGGCAAACAAAUCCGACUGCGGUCGAUCGGUGGAGUGGCCGUUCAAGACAUCUUGCGCUUUUUGCGUCAGCGUUCAAACGACGCAACAGCAAUGGAUCUUUACAACGAACAGAGCAUGCUGAUUACGAAAAUGAGUCUAAAAGCACUCUUUGGCGAACAGUUAAUGAGUAUCGACUCUUUACUCGGUGCCUGGGUUUGCCGCGAUGGUUCUGGCUUAAUAGGACGAUUCUACAUCACGGCUACGCAAUUGGCGUUUUCGACAUCUGGAAUGAGCAUCGAUCACCCGCACGACAGCCAGACAGCGGUCGUCCGAGAGAUUCGCAGAAUCGCGAACAUCUCGCGUAUCGAUGCUGCUGAUGGUACGCCUGGGCUUCGCAUCACAUUCGACGAUCGUCGAUCAUUCACUUUCAGUGAAUUCGGUGGAAUGCACACCGAGUUAAACAUUCAAGCUCGAGAGAGGGAUUCGUGCGUCGCGGUGAUUCGCACGAAUCCUUGCUUCUUGCAGCGUCCGGUAUUCAUGCACGAUAUUCAAGUCGCACAAAUUUCAGAUCAUGCGUGCGAGACUUUAGAUGAGGUUGUCAGCGUAGAAACGGCGCAGCGAAUGGAGCCACCCACUCUGCCGGCGGAUGAGGAAGUGAUCGCCACGUGCGUCUGCGCGCGUGCGAACGGCUUAGCACGCGACUUGGGGAAGUUUACGGUGGCGAGCCAAUCGUGCGUGUUUUUACCAGUCAACGGGUCAGGUCGUGGAGUGUUGUAUAAGACUAUGACGUCAACGAAGAGGAUGCCACAGUUGCGGCCAUUCGGUUGGAAGAAUGCUGAUAUCAUCAUCCCGAUACGACAUUACGAAGAACCCGUGUUGCGCUUGACGGGGAUGACGCUCGUUGAAGCCCAGUCGGUUUUCGACGCACUGUCGAGCGCCAUUACCGCUUACAAAAGUUAG